AUGGCGGUCAACCAGCUCAACGAGACGGGCUCGCAGCACGCGAAUGUGACGCUGGUGGGCGUGGCAAUGGAGAAUCUGGCGCCGGGCGACGCGGUGUCGAGCACGGUCGCGGCGCCGUUCAGCAUUGCGGUGGUCAACAACGUUUGGCCUGUGCUGUACAACAGGAGCGCGGCCAACGACGUCCGGCUGGCGUUGUUCAACACGACCAUGGUGAUUCCCCUCAACGAGAUUUCGUACGUCACCUACAUGUUCACGCUGUUCACGUCAUCCCUGCCGUACCUGAAGCAGCAGACGACGUUCUACACGGACGUCAUCCACAUCUCCAUCCUCCAGGUGAUGACGCACGCCCGCUGUUGUCCGGCCGCCCUGGCAGCAGCGGCGUGCGCGGGCGGCGCGCACGGCCUGCUUGGCGCGGAGUUUUCUUGCCCGGGCCCGGCAGCAACGCUAUCACGGUGCUGCGGCUGA